AUGUGGCCGCGUUUUAUGCCGAUCAUCUUGGGCGUUUUACCCGUGCUGGUCUGUGGGACCGCUACACUCCCUAUUCCUGCAGACAGGUACCUCGUCGUAGACCAGCUGCAAGGUAUCCCGGAUGGGUGGAUGCGACAGUCUGGUCCUACUACAUCAACGCCAACAAGAUUCUGGUUGGCAAUGCGCAGGUCCAAUGUCUCUCAGUUCGAAGAGCAAGUGAUAGCCCGGUCGACUCCUGGCCAUCCUGACUAUGGCCGCCAUCUGAGCAGAGAGGAGCUUCGAGCGUCUAUGCGCCCUUCCGACGAGGUUGCUGCCAAAGUCCGUACAUGGCUAGAAUGGGAACAUGUGCCGGCCGAAUCAAUCGAAGAUCGGGGCGACUGGCUUGCGUUCACUAUUCCAUUAUCGCAGGCCGAGUCAAUGAUGAAGACCCAAUUCAGCCACUUUUACCACCCAAGGACACAAACAACAACGGUCCGGACGCUUGCAUACUCUGUCCCAGAGGAUAUUCGACCGUUUGUUCAGCUCAUUCAGCCUACAACACGGUUCGGAUCACCCCAAGCUCUAGACAGUCCAGAAACCUUUGUACCUGUUGCACUCACUGCAGAAGACCUCGAUGGCAAUUGCUCGAAGACAGUGACUCCUGCUUGUCUGCGCCAGCUCUACGGGAUCAAUGAUACCGAGAUAACACCCGACCCACGCAAUCGACUAGGUGUCUCAGGCUUUUUGGAGGAAUAUGCACGGUAUGACGACCUGGAGCAGUUCCUCGCAGAAUAUGCCCCAAAUCAAGCCGAUGCCAAUUUCUCCGUGGUCUCAAUCAAUGGUGGGCGCAAUCUCCAGUACUCGCUGAGUCCGUCCAGUGAGGCGGCCCUUGAUAUCCAAUACGCUCUAUCACUGUCCUACCACGCGUCUGCUGUGUACUAUACUACUGCAGGGCGUGGGCCGAUGGUGCAAGAGUCCGGGGUGCUGACCAUAGCUGACUCGACAAAUGAGCCCUAUCUCGAGCAAUUGCACUACCUGCUUGACCUACCAGAUAAAGAUCUCCCUGCGGUUCUUAGCACCUCCUAUGGGGAAGAAGAGCCGUUUGUACCCGCGGCAUACGCAGAAGCUGUCUGCAACCUCUUCGCGCAGCUGGGGGUCAGGGGAGUAUCUGUCAUCUUCAGCAGUGGUGACUGGGGGCCCGGCGAUACAUGUAUGACCCAUGAUGGUACACGGCGGACUCGGUUCCAGCCCGUCUUCCCCGCGUCGUGCCCGUUUGUCACAUCGGUGGGCGGUACGGAAGGGACGAACCCCGAGUCUGCCAUAUCCUUCUCCGGAGGCGGUUUCUCGGAUAUCUUCGCUCGACCUUCCUAUCAGGAUGCGGAUGUUACGAGCUAUUUGCAAAGCCUGGGGAGCAUCUAUGAAGGGCUUUACAAUCCACAGGGGCGCGGCAUCCCUGAUGUCUCCACCCAGGCCAAUAACUUUGUGCUUCGGGAUCAUGGUGAGUGGAUGAAGACUGGGGGUACCAGUGCUGCGGCGCCUGUCUUUGCCGCCAUAAUCUCUCGACUGAAUGCAGCGCGUCUGGAGCAGGGCAAGUCCACACUGGGCUUCCUGAACCCAUGGCUAUACUCGCUCAAACAGAGGGGAUUUACAGAUAUUGUCGAUGGAGGAUCGGUUGGAUGUGACGAACCCACGGGAGCGCAAAUGGCCACCGACCUCCGCACCCUCAUCACCCAGCUCCACAGCAGCCUGAACGCGCACAACCUCGAAAAAGCCAGCAGCAUCCUCACACAAGCAAAGCGCACGCUCCUCCAGCAGAACGCCCUGAUCCCCACCCCGACCACACCGCGGGAGCUGCUCCCGCUGGCGCGCGAGAUCCUCGAGCUCGGCGCCCUCGCCGCGAUCCGUCAAACCGAUGCCCCCGGCUUCACGCGCUACUACCAACAACUGCAACCGUUCUACGAUCUGGAGCGCGAGUCUCGGGAAAGCAGCAGCAGCAGCCAACGCAGCAAGAUCACAGGCCUGUACCUGCUGCUCUUGCUGAGCAUGGGCGAUAGCACGAGCUUCCACACGGUGCUGGAGGGCUUGGUCGAGGAGGCCAGCCUGCAGGGUCGGAGCGUCGAGGACGACCCCUUCAUCAAGUACCCCGUGGAGCUGGAGCGGAAUCUCAUGGAAGGGAGCUACGAUAAGGUGUGGCGGGAGACGAAUUCGGAGCGGGUGCCCGGCGAGGAUUUCGGGUUGUUUUCAAGUGUCCUCGUGGGUACGAUCCGCAGCGAAAUCGCCGAUUGCUCCGAGAAGGCGUACCCGUCGUUGCCGAUCUCCAACGCCAAGAACCUGCUCUUCAUGGACUCGGAAGGGGCGGUGAUCGAGUUCGCCCAGCAGCGGGGGUGGGUGCUGCGCGACGGCCGGAUCUAUUUCCCCGUCGAGCCCGAGGCGGCCGCCCGCUCGGAGAAGGAUAUCCUGGUCGCGAGUGGGACGAUCAUUGAGAAUGCGAUCGGGUAUGCGCGGGAGUUGGAGACGAUUGUUUAA